ACCACCAAAAAAAAAUUUUGCAAGCUUCACAUUCGUCGUUUUUCUAAAUCAAAUAAACUGUCGAUUCUCCAGGUAGAAAGGAAGAACCCUAAGUGGUCGUGAUCGAGGAGCGAUUCUGGAUUUAUUGUCUUGAUUUCUUCUCUUACUGAUUUGAUGCCCUUCAACUCUUACUUUCCUGAAUUCAGAUUUUCGAACACCUCCUGCAUGUCACCUAGUGUCAAAACGAGCAUUUGCUAAUAUUAAUGAUAUGAAGAAAGUGUGUCUCAUGCUACAUAUCAUAUUAGCCAUAAAUUCUGAAUUUUUUGCUAAUUAGCAAAAUAUCUUCCGUGGAUAGCUUCAGGUACUAUUUCCAGGAUAGUCACUAUUAUGGGUGAUUUUUCAAUUCAUGUUAGUGCUGACCUUGUUAGUAGACUUGUCAAUAACGAUGAGAAGUUAAAGAGGAAACCUAAGAAAACUAAGGUUAAGGUACCCCAAGAAUCUGCCCAUCCCCAAAGUAAGUUGAAUCAAAAGCAACUUCAUGAUGAUCCUGAAACGCACAAAGGGGUUCCUUCUCCAACAAGGCCAGUACAACCGCCAUUGUUCUUGCCUGUAACCCCAUCUGCGCAUUCUUCAAGCACAGAGUUAGAUGCAAUUAGAUCUGCCCUUCAAGAAAGUGAAAGGGUCCUGGAAAAGUUGCAGAAGCAGGAGGAUGGCAUGCUGCAAGUAGUAACAGAAAGAGCCAAGGAUCUUCGUGAUAAGGAAUUUAAGCUUCCAUAUCAGAAGCCUAUGCCCUGUUUGGCUGAUUAUGAAGCUUGCCGGGCAUGCUACAAGGAGAGUGGUAAUAAUAUACUGAAAUGUGCCCCUCUUACUAGGAGCUACUAUGAUUGCGUUCACAGAGUUAAGCAGCAAGUGAGUUUAGCAGAUUAAUAGUUUUUCAUGGAGGAAAAAUUUUCCAAUGCUUCAAUAUACACGAUUCCAUGCUAAUUGCCAGUUUCAAAAUGAUAAAAUUACAUUUUUGCGGCGCAAAUAAAGCAUACUUAGGUUCUUAUUACUGAUAUUGGACCGUAUGCGUUCCUUUCCUAAUGUUAUUUAGGAUUUGUUAGAUCUUUUGUUUCUUUGUAUCUCUGAAGUUCAGAGUCUGAACUGUGUUCUAGUUGAUUUCCAACAAGUUAACUCUCCGAUUUGGACAUUGUAUUAAGCUCUGAAUGCCUACACGUUUCCACAUCA